AUGGCUGGCCAAUCCGUAUACCCGCCCCCCGGAGGUCAAGAAACUCCUCGCAGCGAAGUAGAUCUGGACUUGGCCCUUCAGCUGCAGGAGCUCGAGAUCAACACCCUCAAGGACACUGUCGCCGUCCAAAAGGAUGCGAUCGCCGACCACAGGGAAGGAUCGAAAGAUCUCCGCGAGGCCGUCAAGGACCUUCGCGACGUCAUCAAGAAUCUUCGGGAGCGUAAUGGCGACCUUCAUGAGCUCAACAGCCACCUCUCUGUCAAGAACGCGGCCCACGUCGACCAGCGAGACAAGCUUCAGAAGACCAAGAUUGAGCUGGCAGAGCUUCGGGAUGAGCAUGUUCAGCUUAGCGACAAGCUGAACGACAAGGUCAAGGAACAAGAGAAUGUUAUCAAGGACCUUUGCGAGGCCAUCAAGGACCUCCGUGAGGACGACGACAAGCCAUCUACAGCGCAAGCAUCUCACUUGGACUACGAGUUCAAUCUAAAGAGCAUGCACUCAGAGCUGAACCGACUGAAGCUUGAGGGUGUCGAGCGUUCUAACCGUGAGGGCGAGAUCAUCGACGAGUUGAACGCCAAGGUCAAGCAGCAAGACGAUACCAUUCAAGGCCUUCAGAAGCGCAUCGACCGCGGCAAAACCAGUUACAGCCAGCAGCGCACUGCUAUGAACGAGCUCACUGUCGCACUCGAGGCCAAGGAAGCAGCGUUGCAGGCAUUGAAGGGUGAACAUGAGGAACUUCAAGCUACACACGGCAGCAUGACCGGCGAGUAUAACACUGCUAUGUACGAUCUUCGUGUGACACUCGAGGCCAAAGAAGCAGAACUGCAGGAACUCAAGGACGAGCUGAAAGAGCUUCGUGACUACUACGAGCAGCAAGACGAGACUAUCGAUACCCUGAACGCCAAUAUCAAGGACCAGCAUGACGCUCUCACCAUGUCGGAGCAGUACGUACAAGGACGAAACAACAUCAUCGCGGAGUUGAAGAAGGAACUUGCCGAGGCCAAGAAGAGUGCAAGUGUCAACGCACUUCAAGAUCAGGCCAAAGAAGGAGAGUUGCAGGAGCUGAAAGACAAGUUGAAAGAGCUUCACGACCACUACAAGGGCGACGAGGAGUUCAUCGAGCAGCUGCAUGCCGCUAUCGAACAGCGAGACAAGACUGCCGUUGAGCUGAACCUUAAGGUCAAGCAAUCGGGUGAUUCUCUCGCCCGGUCGCAGCAGCGUGUACGUGUCCAAGAGGGUGAGAUCAAGAGCUUGAAGAAGCAGGCAGACUGGACGAGUGACACCAUCGAGACCCUGGAGAGGCGGAUUGAGACAAGGGACAUGGAACUUGAACACUGGCAGCGGGAAGUUGGUAUGGGGAAGUAG